GACCCUCUGGAUGCCACCAGAAACUUUGAUUUAAUGCUGCUUCUUGACCAAUCAAUAGAAGUAAAUCUUAAUAACUUUCUAUUGCCAGAAGAAAUAGAAGAUACUACCAAUUCUAUUCUAAUCUUAGAAACAGAAAUAGAAGACACUACUGAUCUUAUUUUAGCUUUAGAACCAAAAAUUGAAAACUUAGAAGACUCUAUAACUAUUCUCCUAACUAAUGUAUCUCAAACUAUCCAGCCAAUGACUAAAAGCUUAACCAACCCGUUUAUUGGUAGAACUUGGAAAACCCAAGUAGACAAGAUGUUAACCCAACUAGCUACUCAAGGCUGA